AUGUCGCGCUCCUCCAAGGCCAAAGGGCGUUCGGCCAAGUCGACCGUCGUCAGGAUCCAGUACGAUGCCACGCUCAAGUCGUCGCUCGUCCACCUGCCCAUGUGCCUCUAUGCUCCCCUGGUCGACCUUGCCGUACCCCCUCAGUCGCUCGUCGUCGAGAUCGAUGCGUCGCCCACCAUUCCCACCGCUUCGCCCUACUUUGCAGGCUGGUCCGGUAUGAGCGCAGCUCCGCUCUCCGUUGGCAACUCCCUCGCUCAGCCCAAUGGCUCCUUUGCCGGCUCUUCUGCCGCAUCCUCCACAAAGCCCUCGGCCGUCGACGUCCUCAACAUUUCGCCCUCCCUCGCCGCUUCCUUCCAUCCUCCCUUGCCAGACGGUGCCACGUGCUCCGUCCGCCUCUUACGCUCGCCACCGCUCCCCACUGCAUCCAAGAUCGACGUCACGCCGCUCUCGGCAGACGACUGGGAGAUCCUCAGCCUUCACGCCGAAGAAGUCGAGAUGAAUAUGCUCGGUCAGGUGCGUGCUGCCACCACCCAUCAGCUCAUCACUGUGCACGUCGGCCGCGGCGGCAACACCGUCGUCCGCUUCCGCGUCGAUGCAACCACGCCUCCCACCGCAAGCGCAGAUGCAGCCGAAGCCGAUCUCGACGAUGCCGACGCUCCCUCCGCGCUCGCAGUGCGUCUUUCCACCGACACCGAGGUCAUCAUCGCUCCCAGGCUGCGCAAGAAGUUAGUCGAUCCCGCCAUGCAGGAGGAACACUCGCUGCAGCCUACAUCCAGGGCGGCACCAAACGGCGUCGGCACCGAGGACGAGACCCACACGCUUCGACAGACGCUGCCCAAGCUUCUCUGGCGUGUCCUCCCACAACGCUUCGCCCAAGGUCUUGAACUCUCCAGCUUGACUUCCAGUGUAGCGGUGCCCUCCUCCUCGUCAACGGGCUACACGCAGUUCAAGCAGGUCUUCCCAGAUGACCGCCUCUCGGUCACCAAAGUGUCCUGCCCCACCAACAACAGCGCAUCCGAAAUGCAGCCUGACAAAGGCGCUUCCUCCACAGCCGCCGAUUCCGACUCGGCCGACGCUCGCAAGGACGGUGCAGACCCUUCGCCGGCGCUCCCAGUGCGUCCGACUGCCUCCGCACGCUUCGUCGAUGCCGAUCAGCUGCCAGGCGUUCGCACCCACGCCCACGUCGCCUGGCCCGAGCGCCACGUGCUCAUCGGCGCCGGUCUGCGCGAACAGCUCGGCAUCCAAGACUACGAUCUGGUUCGCUUCAGCCCACCACCGCCUGGAUUCGGUGGCUCUUCCAAAGCUGCGACGCCAGCAAAUGCAGCGACCGAAUCAACGGAUGCUGCCAAAGCAGAUGCGGCCGGAUCGAGCCUCGCAGGUGUCGAGCAUAUCCUCCGCGAUGCCACAGAUGCUGUCGCCGCCUGCUUCCGCGCGCGCACCCUCGAAGCUUCCUCCUCGUCGCGAGCGGCCAAGCCGUUCCAAGGUGCCAGCGCGCUCUUCCUCACCGGUGGGCCGGGUGCGGGCAAGACGGUCAUUGCCAAGCAGCUCGCGGCCCAACUCUCGCACGACUACCGCCUCUGUCUCUCGACGUCGUACCGCGACUGCUCGCCCUUUAGCGAGGAACGUGUGCCCGUGCUGCGCGCACGCUUUUCGGAAUGGCUCAACGAGGCUGCGUGGAAAGCACCCAGCCUGCUCAUCCUCGACAACGUCGAUCGCAUCAUCCCCGCCGAGAUGGAGCACGUCGACUCGCAGCGCUCGAGGCAGCUCGCAGAGGCAUUUGUAGCGCGCCUGCGCGACUGUGUCAAGCACUUUGGCGUGUUUGUCAUUGCCACCGCCCAGGGCACCACAAGUGUGCACAGCCUGCUCAACUCGAGCCACCUCUGGCUCGAUAACCUGGCGCUCAAGCCGCCCGGCAAGGAAGGCAGGAGGGACAUUCUCGCGCAUCUUGUGAGGGAAAAGGUGCGCAAGGCUGCAAAGGUGCGCGACGAUGCUUUGGGCGCAAUGCAGCAGGUCGAUGGCGACGCGGCGGAUGGCGAUCUCAACUAUGUCACGCUCGCCACGCAGACCGAGGGCUACCUUCCGGCCGAUCUGCGCGACUUGGUGGAGCGCGCCACGCACCAGUCGGCCAUCCGUGCUGCGGGUGCUGCAGCCGUGCAAGGAAUGGAAUCGGCUGUUGCAGCCCGAGGCGUUAAUGGCGCCGACAAGCAGGAGGCUUUGUCUCUCAAUGGCAGUGCGGCGGACCUCUCGAUCACGAUGGAUGACUUUGCCAAGGCCCAGGAUGGCUUCACACCGCUCUCGCUCCGAGACGUCAAGCUGGAAAAGUCAUCGGUGGCGUGGUCGGACAUUGGCGGUCUGGUAGAGACGCGACGUGUGCUGCGCGAGACGCUCGAGUGGCCCACCAAGUACGCGGCGAUCUUUGCGUCAUGUCCGCUGCGGCUGCGUUCGGGUCUGCUGCUGUACGGCUACCCCGGUUGCGGCAAGACGCUGCUUGCCUCGGCGGUGGCGAAAGAGUGCGGGCUCAACUUUAUCAGCGUCAAGGGACCCGAGAUUCUCAACAAGUACAUUGGUGCGUCGGAAAAGUCGGUGCGCGACCUCUUUGACCGUGCGCAGGCGGCCAAGCCGUGCGUGCUGUUCUUUGACGAGUUCGACUCGAUCGCACCCAAGCGUGGUCACGACAGCACGGGCGUCACGGACCGCGUGGUGAACCAGAUGCUGACGCAGAUGGAUGGUGCCGAGGGCCUGGAUGGCGUGUACGUGCUGGCUGCCACGAGUCGGCCCGAUCUCAUCGACUCGGCACUGCUCCGACCCGGUCGCUUGGACAAGUCGCUGCUGUGCGAUAUGCCGACAAAAGACGACCGACUCGACAUCAUGCGCGCCAUCGCCAACAAGGUUCACCUUCACCCCGACGUCGAUCUGGAAAAGUGGGCUGCAAAGACCGAUGGCUUUUCGGGUGCGGAUCUGCAGGCGCUGCUGUACAAUGCGCACCUGGAGGCGAUCCACGAGUCGAUCAACACGGCCACGCAGGACAAGGACCAGGAUGGACCCAAGAAAGUGGACGGUGCGGAUGGUGCACUCAGGUUCACCAGCAUCGGUGGGGGUGGUAAGAAGACGCUGAGCGGUGCGGAGAAGCAGGCGCUGGCACGCAAGCUCGAGCUGGUUCUCAAGACCACUUCGGCUCAAACCGAGCAGGCUCAGCACAAGGAGGCCAAGGCGGGCCGAAUCCUGCCGGCUCAUCUGGGCUCAGCAUCGGCAGCAGUCAAUGGUAUCGACACGGCGGGAGAGGGCUCAAGUGCAAAGCGCGGAGCAAAGACGUUGGUGACGGAAGUGCAUCUGGAGACGUCGAUCAAGAGCACGCGUCCGAGUGUGCCGGCGGAAGAGCAGCGCCGACUGCGCGCCAUCUACCGCACCUUUGCCGGUGACAGGGACGGCAACUUUCCCGAUGGCGAAGCAAGCACCCAGAUCGGCGCGCGCAGCAGCCUCAUGUAG